CUCAUCCGAGUGGCUCGGAGUCCACUGAGGGGGAAGGAGGGACGAGGAGGGAGGAGAAGAGCAGCAGGGUGGCAGCCAGACCAUCAGUCACUCUGGAAUGAUCAGAGGAGGUGGGAGAUGCUCGGCUGAACUCUGACGAGGCUGAACCGAACCAGCCACCACUAUCAUCACCAUCAUCAUCAUCAUCAUCAUCAUCGUCAUCAUCAUCACCAUCAUCACCAUCAUCUCUGUGACCCGACAACUUCCCAGCAGCAACAUGAGCUCCUCAUCUGCCAACCUGCACAGCAAACGCCUGCCCUCGGAGACGGAGCGUGGCCAGAGGCUGCCAGAUGUGGACGCAGCGCAACAGCUCAAGCUAAGAGAGAGACAGCGUUUCUUUGAGGAAGUCUUCCAACACGAUGUGGACGUCUACCUGUCCUCUGCACACCUUUGCAUCAGAGACUACAAGAGACCUCCUAUUGGCAGCAUCUCCUCUAUGGAGGUGAACGUGGACCUGCUGGACCAGAUGGAGCUCAUCGACAUCUCUGACCAGGAGGGUUUGGAUGUUUUCUUCAGCUCUGUGGGAGAAGAAGGAGUUCUGCCUUCUCCACUGCCAGUUCAAGGAAACAACAACAACAACGAGGAAGCCAUCAGUAAUGGACUCUUUCGACACGUCCUCGAGAGUCUUGAUGCCAAGUCCCGCAUCUCCUCCACAUCUUCAAACUCCUCCUCCGACAGCCAGACCACCAGUGCCAACGGGGGAGACACUCCUGUGGUCGGAUCAGACGAUGAGGAAACAAACACGAGCACAAUGAAGAGGAGAGUCGUGUCCCCAGAGAGAGAGGAGGUGAAGACUCAGAAUCCAUCGUCAUAGGAUGCAUCUCAGUCGGGGGUGAAGAAGGGACUCUGGGAUGAGAGCUACCGAAAGACUUCCACAAACCGUCUAUUUUCACAGCUUUCAACCUCUCCCUGUUGAUUUAUGAAUUGUACGGAGCCUGUGGGGCCGUAAAGUGUAAAAAUGGAGAAUUCCUUUCUAUUCUCCAUUCUUGUGUUGGCAUGUUUUGAAGGACAAUUUUUGUUCCCCUGUUUUUGACCUCACUCAACUUGUAGCUGAUGGAGACAUUAUUUUGUACAGUACUAACACAACCCAGAACAGUAAAGCAAUAACUCAAACAAAAAUAAUUACACAAAGUAUGACUUGGUUUGUGGCUAUUUAAUGUACUGUUUUUGAAAGGAACAAAUUCUCCUGCCAGUGAAAAUUCUCAGCCCUAAUUUUGGGAUUUUUCUUUGCUUUUACAAUAAAGAAAAAGAUCAAAUGUU